AUGUAUAAGAUUAAUGGGAUAUGGGAUGGGAUAUGGGAUAUGGGAUUGGAAUGGGAUUGGGAUUUGGGAUUGGAAUGGGAUUAUGACAAAUGGGAUGGGAUAAAUGGGAUAUGGGAUGGGAUAUGGGUGGGAUGGGAUAUGGGAUUCUCCCAAUCCCAUUUAUAUGGGCGGCAAAUUUAUAUUAUAAUUUGCCUUGAGGAUAUAAUUCUUGAAUUAUCAAAAAUCUUUCAUAUUGAAUUUUGUGUGGAAAAUAUAGAAUCUGAAAAUUCAAAAUCCUUUCAUUGGUGUCAAAAAGCAGCAGAAAUUUAG